AUGGCUGAACAUGCUGAAGGAAUGCCAAAGCCAGGGAGGGGAAAUACCUCCACAAGCUCGGUCAGUCCAAGCUUCUUCAUUACCAUAAAUCCAAAUCACAUGAAGAAUCAUCUAGUGUAUCUGCCGACUGAUUUCGUGUUCAAACACAUGAAGCUUGAGAAUAGCACUGUGAUGGUUUAUAGUGAUGAUGGGACGGGCGCAUGGCACUUGUCCUUUGUCUUCAAACAACGAAGUAAAAGCGAACGUGGACGUGGACGAGGCAUAUUCUGUGGCGGUUGGUCAGCGUUCUGCGAGGACAACUCUCUGAAAUCAGGGGAUAUCUGCCGAUUCAAGCUCAUCUCCCGUGAUGAGAUGGAAGUGACGAUUGAGAGGAAUUGA